AUGGCUUCAGUUUCUGACCCAGGGACCGACAAACCGUCGACGAACACCUCGCCCGCCGUUUCUUCAAGAUCAAUUGCAGUUACUGGAUUGAAGAGCCGGCGAAUGCCCUUCUCUUCUACCUUCGACAUUCUACUCCCUAAAAGCGGUAAAAGGUGUCGACGGUCAUCUGCCACCUCACGGUGCAUCGCAAAAUCGCUUCAAAGAAGCGCUGGGGCUUUUAAUGCCUCACCACCAGAUGCAGCGCUGCCGCGAAUGUGUCAGCCCUCUUGGAAGACCCUGAACGACGGCUUCAAGAAAAUUGUCUCCGAUCACCGCAUUGCUGUAAAGGAGAACGUUGUUGCAUUAGGAAUUAUUGAGAUACAAGGCGAACGCGAGCUGUUGUUAGACGAUAUAGUGCUUACUGUAGAUGAAUUCAAGGAUGAAAGGCGGUCUGAAAGAGAUGAGAAAACAAACUUGGACCGUCGUCUGCGCCUUGUAGGGGAGACUAUUCGCUCAAAUGCACUGAAAUAUGUACGUAUUGGUUCUGCGGAGGACGAGAAGGAGGCUUCUGGGGAGGAGGGAUUGCAGAAGCAGCAACGAAAAAGGAAAGCAGCCGCAGUUGAAUCGGACGACGAGGACCGCUUCGCCACCACUUAA